AUGGUUACCUACAAACGCAAACUCAGAAGCUUUCCAGCUGCUGCCGAAUUUGGAUAUCCGUCCAGCUCGAUGAUGCGCACAAAAAUGAAGCUCAGCAUUGUCCCAGUCGCACUCUUGAUCUCCUCCGCCGCUGCGGGCUCUAUCGUCACGCAGCAAGAAGCAAAUGACUGGUACCAAUGCACAACCCAUGCCCUCAACCUGGUGAACAGUGGCAAAGACGAUAGUUCGACCACUUGUACCCUCUUGAACUGCCUGUCGGAGAAUGCGGAACGCUACCAACGGGGUGGUAUGUACGGAAAGCUGUCCGGAAUCCUCGAGAUCGCUUGCUUCGCAAAGAACAUUCCCAUUAUCGGCAGCUUCUUGAAAUAA